AUGGCAGUGUCAUUUGUUACUUACCUAGUAAUUUUCUUUGCAUUCUGCAUCAAUUAUGCCUUGACAGUCACUGCAUUAGUAAUGCCUAAAUGGCUGACUUUUGUUACGCCGAUUCCGUUUUAUAUUGAGACAAACUAUGGUCUUUUUAAGCUAUGUAAAAGUUUUCUCCGAGAGUGUCGGCCUUUUCCAUCUGCAAAAUACAAUGACUGUGAACAAGAGGGCUUCUGUGAGCUUUGGCGCGCAUCAGCUGCUGGAAUGGUCUUGGCAACGAUCAUUGGAGGACUAGCCAUAUUGGCAUUAUUAGGGACUCUUUGCGGAGGAAGACUUAACAGAGAGAGAGCAUGGUCUGGCGUUGCUGGUCUAUUCGUGAUCUCUGCUAUUCCACAAGCAUUUUCUAUGGGAGUAAUUGCCUAUUUGUUUAACACGAGUGAUUCGUUUUACAUUGGGACACGCUACAAUGUGUCCUUUAUUAUAUGCAUUAUUGCCUGGUGCUUAAAUAUCAUAUUGGCAAUUAUGCUAACUAUGGUUGCCAUGUUGAGCCCCCCAGAAUACGCUUACCAGCCCUUAAACUAA